GAGAAAUCUUGAGCGCAAGUGGCGACCAUCGAAUAAAAAAGACCAGGAUCCAUCGGUUCACGACUAAGAACUGCAGAUUAGAUUCAUUCACAAUGUCGACAGCAACAGUCGCUUCGCAGCAGCCUUCGUCCUCCUCGCAGGACCAGGUUGUUCUCUUUACCUGUAUGGCCUGUGCGGUCGGUUUCCACACCGCCGAUCUCCAGCGCCAACAUUACCGCACCGACUGGCACCGUUACAACCUCAAGAGAAAAGUCGUUGAUCUCCCGCCUAUCACCGCCGACUCCUUCGCCGAGAAGGUCUUGCAACAGCACGAUGCGAAGAAGGAAGAGCAGGAGCGAUCGACCUUCAGCGCCAAUUGCGCCGCUUGCAAAAAGACUUUCUACAGCCCUAACGCUUUCCAGAAUCAUUUGAGGAGUAAGAAGCAUAUGGAGGCUACUGGACGGUACGAGGCACGUAUUAUGGCGGAAAGAGAGAGGACUGGAUCACCCGCCGAGUCCAUGAUUUCUUCUACGUUCUCGAUUGGAGAGUCUUCAAAUGCGACCGGUGCGGCACCUUUGGCGGAUGAGAUUGACAGGAUGUCCAUCCAGGACGAGGCACCAGAAAGGACUGAGGAGGAGGAGAUUGAGGCCCGUCUCGCCAAUGUUGCCGUUAUCAACGUCAACUCCUGUCUCUUCUGCUCGCCAAACAACCCGCCAUUUUCCGCCGUUGACGAGUGUCUGAAGCACAUGUCCUCCCGCCACGGUCUUUUCAUCCCAGAACGCGACUACCUCACCGACCUCGAGGGUUUGUUGCGCUAUUUGCAGGAAAAGAUCAACGUUGGACACGCGUGUUUGUCGUGUCACAAGGAGUACAGGUCCGCGGAGGCGUGUAGAGCACACAUGAUCUCGAAGGAGCACUGUAAGAUCAAGUAUGACACCCAGAAGGAUAUGUUGGAGUACUCCGACUUCUACGACUUCUCUGCAUCAUACUCAGAUGUUGAGGACGCGGAGAUGGUUGAUGGCGACGCAGAGGAUGUCGAAGGUGGAGACUGGGAAGACGUUUCAGAGUACGACUCAGACGAAGACUCCAUCGCAAGCGAAGACCUCGGUUCCCUCCCCGUCGACCCGCAAUACUCUCUCUACCUCCCCAACCGCGGAAUCUCCCUCGGUCAUCGUUCCCUUCACCGCUACUACCGUCAACACCUUCGCCCUCCUGGAGCUGUCCCUGAUGGUGUCAAGGUUCAUCGUCAGGCUAUCCAGGCUGCGGUUAUGGAGAAUAAGGAGAGGUCUUUGAUGGGUGUUACUGGCGGAAGAAGAAAAGAGGCGGAGAAGCAUAUUAAGACUUUCCGGGAUAUGCGCAGGAGGGAGGAUUACAAGACUACGGUUGGUAUCAAGGUCGGAAACAACCAGAAGUACUUCAGGGAUCCUCUCCUUCAGUAGACGAGGGUCAUCGGAGAGGGUGUGUGUGCGGACUGUGUCUGCGGAAAAUUGGGUGUGUGCAAAAUUUCUGGGAUUUCUCUGGUGUCUCUUGCAAUUCUUUCGAUUUGACUGCGUUUUUGUUUUGCUUUGCCUCUGUGGUUCGUUGGGUUCAGGGAUUUGUUCGUUAAUUGCAUUUCUUGGAGAUUCAUAUAGCUUUGGGGGUACGUUCGUAUCCGU